GGAACCGGUCGAACAGGUAGCGAGCUUGUUGACACCGUUAUGUUGCAGGGCGCAUGCUCGCUCCCAAGUUUCCUGGUGCCUUUUCUAUUCCACCUUAGGAAACUUUUUUCUCCCGGCGUGGUCUCAGCCUCGAUUUAAGGCACCAGAGUCGGCGAGCCGGGAGUAGUGGGCGCGUGGGGCGCAGGGAGGGCGGGGUCGCGGGGAGGAGCGGGGACGCGGCCGGGGACCCAGCGCCUAGCGGAGCAAGGCGGCGCGGGGGCCUCGCCAUGCCCAAAGCCUUCCUGGUGAAGCGCAAGAGCACAGGGGCCGCGGCGCGCAGCUGGGCUGCGCUCCCGGACGAGAACCGCGCAGACGCCUACAUCCCAGUGGCCCUGGGCCGCCUGCUCCACAGUCCUGAAGACAGUCGCAGCGACGGCGGUAGCAGCAGCAGCGCCGGCGAGCCCGGAGGCGCCGAGAGCAGCUCGUCCCCGCGCGCCCCGGACCGCGACACCCCCGAGUCCCGAGACAACGAGGGCGCAGAUGGGCACCUGGCGCCGAAACAGCGCGUGGUUGCCAGGUCGAAAAUCAAGUUCACCACAGGCACAUGCAGUGACUCGGCGAUGCACAGCUGCGAGCUCUGCGGCAAGGGCUUCCGCUUACAGCGCAUGCUCAACCGCCACCUCAAGUGCCACAGCCAGGUGAAGCGGCACCUGUGCACCUUCUGCGGCAAGGGCUUCAAUGACACCUUCGACCUGAAGCGGCACGUGCGCACCCACACAGGCAUCCGGCCCUACAAGUGUGACGUGUGCCACAAGGCCUUCACACAGCGCUGCUCACUAGAGUCCCACCUGAAGAAGAUCCAUGGUGUGCACCAGCAGUAUGCCUACAAGCAGCGGCGAGACAAGCUGUACGUGUGUGAGGACUGCGGCCACACGGGGCCCUCGCAGGAGGACCUAUACCUGCACGUACACCAUGCACACCCAGGCAGUGCCCUACUGCAAAAGACUUCCAAGAAGCUGGCGGCACUGCUGCAGAGCAAGCUGGCAGCUGGGCACCCCGGGGGUACCAGCCCAAGUGAGGAGGAGGCCCAUGAGUGAGGGCCCCGCCCUCAGCCGCUGCCUGUAUCCUUUCCCUGUCCUGGGUGUUGAACCCGGGGCCUUUGCACGGAGCUACGUUCUCAGCCUUUGGUUUUUUAUUUUGAGACAGGCUCUCAGUAAAUGGCUUGGGCUGAGCUCCAACUUGGAACCCUCCUGCCUCAGCCUCUCUGAAUGCUGAAGUCACAGGUGUAUUCACCAUUGCUGGCGCUCACUUGCCCUUCUUUGUCACAAGGGUCAGGUUUGUCUUUGUCUACUCAGGAUGGCAGCAUAUCCCUUCCUAGGUGACCAUCUCCUGUGUGACAUCGAGCUCUGUCCCCCUUGGCCAGGUCCUUUUUCUGUGCUGCCAAUGCUGGGUCCCCCACAAGAUCUUAAUAGGAUUUUCGAAUGUGGAGGAAGGGCUGCACUUAGAGAGACCAUAGUUUUAUGGUGCCUUGAAAUACUUCUCAAGACUGGAAAGUGAAUUUUAUUAUUUUGAGAGUUUACAGAAAUUAUUUUAAUAAAUGAAAUGUUCGUGUGAAACUUUCAAAAACAAAA